UGUACAUCGGGAACGCUGAAACGAGCCCGCAGUCGUCAGUAUUUUGUGUCGCGUAUAGCCUAGUGGUAAUGCAGGGCAUUUUACUCAUGGCGCUGGUGUUAGCGGUGAUGAAACAGGCAGUACAGGCGGACUCUGGCGGUGCCGGAAGCGGUGGUGACAUAUUAUCGGAGGAUCUUCCAAGUUGUAUCAUGGCUGAACCUCACCCGUACUGUACCAUUAUCAGAUCAACGGCAGACCACUUUGUCAUAAAUACACCUCACAUUGAGGGCAUAUUUGCAACUCUACGCGAGGGAACCGCCAACAGCUCGUAUAUAUGUGGGCAAUUUGUCAUAUUCUCUGCUUGCUUCUACUCGUAUCGUGACUGUGACACCAAAGGUAGCCAAAAGCUCAUCUGUGGAAAAGUGUGUCCCCGUAUUAGUGAACUCUAUGACAAGUGUAUAAAUCCUGCUGUUGUGAAGAGACUAAUUCGCAGCACAAAUAACACAGAAGUUGUGGAGUUUCUCAACUUUGCACUGUCUUUCAACUGCUCCUCGAUAGAUACCUACAAGAUAGAGGGUGUACCUGUGAGUCAAUCGUGUCAGGAUCUCAGUUUCAUUAACACUCUUUUUCCAGACACGGAAGGUACUAAUGCAGGUACGGAAGGUACUAAUGCAGGUACGGAAGAGACUGAACUGCUGCAAAUAACUCUGGGACUUGGGAUACCCCUGCUAAUUAUCGUACUAAUUGGCUUGGUGGUAAUUCUGGUGGUCUUAAGACUGUACAGGAGUAAGAAGAAGUUGGAGAGGCGAAUUGAAAAAGUACCAUUCAGAAAUGAGUACAAUGAAGGAUUGACUGUGGAAGGUUUUAAUGAUAAACAGCUAAGUGCAGAAGAACGGUGUUUCUAUGAAGAGAGAUUCGACAAGGCUGUCAUAUCACUCGAACAACUAGAAAUGGGAGAAACUAUUGGAGAAGGAACGUUUGGUGUGGUUUGUAAGGCUAUGUUCCUGACUCACUCUUUCCCUCAACCUGUGGCAGUGAAGAAGGCAAGAAUUCAGCAUCAGCGUCUAGCGCGCACACUGUCUGUCAUCACGUGGCUGGUCUUCCUGUACAUCUUCUGGAAGUUGGGAAACCCUUUCCCAAUCCUCUCCGCCAAACAAGACCUGCUGUCCACUGAGCAGCUCAUCAGUCGUGUGGGAGUGAUAGGAGUGACAGUGAUGGCUAUUCUGUCAGGAUUUGGAGCCGUCAAUGGCCCGUACACUUACAUGACCUACUUUCUCCGCUCGAUCUCAGAUGCAGACCUGCAGGCUAGUGAGAAGAGACUAAUGCAGAACAUGGACAUGAUCAUUUUCAAAAAGAAAAGAAUUGCACAAGUGCUGAAAACCAGUCCGCAGUUUGGUGGGGGUGAGGUGGGGAGACAGGGUGGGAGCAGUAUGAUGAAGAUGUGGAGUCUGUUCAGCGGAAAAGGCUCUGGUGUCUCAGAGAACGUGACUGCACUGAGCAAGGAGGUGGGAGCUCUGGAGGAACUAGGACGACACCUCUUCCUGGAGUAUGUGGAGAUGCACUCACUGAGGGAGAGGAUGGCCUACUCAAAGACACUGAAAGGCCGGUAUUUUGACAUUCUGGGUCAUUUCUUCUCCAUCUAUUGCAUCUACAAGAUAUUCAUGUGUAUCGUCAACAUUAUCUUCGACAGAGUAGGGAAAGUGGAUCCUGUCACCAAAGGGCUCUCAAUCACUGUUAAUUGGCUGGGGAUGCAGAAAGAUGAGGCGAUAUUCUGGUCUCAGCACGUGUCGUUCAUACUGGUUGGUGUCAUUGUCAUCACAUCAGUCAGGGGCCUACUCAUCACUCUGACUAAGUUCUUCUAUGCCAUUGCCAGUACCAAGUCGUCCAACAUAAUUGUGCUGUGCAUGGCAGAGAUCAUGGGUAUGUACUUCGUCUCCUCUGUACUUCUCAUGAGAAUGAACAUGCCAGAGAAAUACAGGUCCAUAGUAACUACAGUACUAGGAUCACUAGAGUUCAGCUUCUAUCAUCGAUGGUUUGACGUCAUAUUCCUGGUCAGUGCACUAACUAGUAUAGGGUUCCUCUAUCUGGUCCACCAGAAUUCAGUUGAGAAGAAACUUUGAUAAUAGUUUUAUGUAUUCAUGAAAGUUUGUGAAAACCCAAUUCCUGAUGAUUAUGACGACUUGAAAGUGAUAUGAGUAUGACAGCUAAUUAGUAGGCAAUCACAAUUUGAUGUUUGUGUCACUUUUGCCAGUACAACAAGGUUUUCUCGCACACGCCCUUGUGGCCACGGGAAACAUACAGUCCUGCGAGAGUUGCCUCGUCACUCUUGUACCUGAUGGUCUCCCUCACCUCCUCUAUCAGCCUCGACCCAACCUCGUCUCGCAUUUCUCGAGUGGUGUACACGCAGAUCACUCCCCGACCGUCGUCUGCCGAAGUUCCAGUGGAGAGGUCGGUAGAACACUUUGCUCCCGUGGCUCCCAGUGCGCCUGAGCUGACCAGCGGAUGAAUCUUGUGCCACUUGGAGUCCAGCACGCUUCCCUUCCGCCCGAACACGAGCCACUUACCGUACGUGACCCCGAGGUGGGCGGGAUUGCGUACCCAAACCCAGUAGUCGUCUGUCACUGAGCUGGGAUCCAGUCUUGCGUUGUGACUGCCUACAACAACGUACCUCCGUCCGCCGCCACAGGCCAUGAUCGAUCGCGCGUGGGUAGCAUACACGUGAUGCCCAACCCUCCACACAAUCACAUUGCAGCCAAAACAGGCA